AUGGGUUCAACGUCCGCCCUUAAAGAACUACAGAGAGACCUUGAGAACAAAGCCAACGAUCUCAGCAAACUCCAAAAAGAUAUAGCGAAGAAUCACCAAGUCCGAAAGAAGUACACUAUUCAGCUUGGAGAAAACGAGCUCGUGCUAAAGGAAUUGGAUCUGUUGAAUGAGGAUGCGAAUGUUUACAAGUUAAUCGGGCCAGUGCUAGUGAAACAGGACUUGGCAGAAGCAAAUGCCAAUGUUCGCAAGCGAAUAGAUUACAUCUCUACCGAAUUGAAGCGUUUGGAUGGCAUACUUCAAGAUUUAGAAGAAAAGCAAAACAGCAAGAAAGAAGCGAUUUUUAAGGUACAACAAAGAAUUCAGUCUCUCCAGGCUGGAAAAGGCAAGGCAUAA